UUAGAGGGGGGGCAUCGCAUUUCACAUCUGGAGAAAGCAGAUGUUGCGCUUUUUGGAGCUCGCGCUGCGUUUCCGCGCUGUCAAUUGUUUCCGCUUCCACCUCCGAGAAGCCUCACGCCUCCACAUCUUUUCGUUUUGUUUUGUUUUGCCCUGAACCCGCUUCGUUCCGUGCUGUUCGGACCAGUUCGAAGACAAUUCAAACCUUUUUUCAAGCAUGGGGGACAUCGAGGCUCCCGACUCGAAUCGGCCGCGCCAGACUGUCUUACUCUCCGUUCUUCCUAAAGAGUUCGCCACCUCCAGGAAAGGCAUGCUGCUCAUAGCCGAAGUGGCUCUGUCCUUUGUGUCGUUCGUGUGUUUCGCGGCAUCCACAGCAGCCGCCUUCGUGACAGUUCCCCUGCUGGAGUUCCUGGCUGCCCUCUUCUUGUUCUUCGCUUACGCCACCAAAUUCAACGAGAGGUUCAAAGGCUUCCUCUGGCCACUGAUGGAUUUCAUGAGAUGUGUGACUGCCUCCAUUAUCUUUUUCAUCAUCUCCAUAAUUGCAGUGUCCAAAUAUAUAGACGGUGCCUCCAAGGCUGCUGGGAUAUUUGGCUUCAUUGCCACCAUUGUUUUCGCUUUAGAUUUUUACCUCAUUUUUAAUGAGCUGGCCAACUUCCUAAAGCAAGGAGGGGAGUCCAACGAGGAGCCAUCCAGACAGCAAGAUGACUUUUCAGACUCUGAUUCGGACUGAGACCAGGGGGAUUACACCAGCGGAUAUGUUUGAUGUUACGAAAUAACCCUUUGCAGGAGGAUUUGCCACCGCUGAAAAAAAAAACUGCAAACAUGUUCCAAUAUGCCACCAGGUUACAUUAACACUGUUUACAGUAGAAAUCACAUUGACUGUUGGUCUAUUCUAUGCAUUUACUGGUAGCUCUCGGACUCUCCAUACAGUCCUCUAAAUGUAUUAAGAGGAGGAACCAGAUCCUCUUCGCUUAUCCUCUUUGAAUAGGUUUCUUCUGUUAUUAUUUCACAUGUUAAUCCUGUGAAGUCAUACAGGAAGGAAGUCCAGACUGGUCUCUUUUUAAUGAUUCAUUUUCAGGCAGUUUAAAGACAUCCUGUUCUCCACCAUGCCCAAAUCUCAUAUCCAGUGUCUCAGAUGAUUUUGGAAAGAUAUAAGUGCCAUCAUAAACCUGACGCUUAAAUGAUCAUGAAGCUGUGAACCUGUUUGCUCUCAUUAUACCGAGUUCUUAGCAGUUGUUUGUACCAUCUACACGUAGGAGCAGAAUAUGUCUAAAUCUGAAAUAACUCUGGACAUGCACAGUGACCCCAUUUACAGACAUAUUAAACUACAACACUAAAUUAAUUUCGUUAGUGAACACAUUUUUUUGGAGUGAACAUACAGAAAGGCUUUCCCAUGUACCUGGAGCAUCAACAUCAUUUCUAAACUUACAGUAUUACCAUAAAAACCCAUGUACUGUAUACAGAAGCACAGAUUGCAGGUUGGCUGGUUUCAACCUCUGUCCACCUGUCUUGACUCUACGAGAGUGUAUUUUUAGAAUUUGAGGAUCGUGUUUGCUUCCUUUAAAUUCAACUUUUGGGUCAACAGAGUUGCUGCGGCGUGCUGCACUGCAUGACAACCUUUUCUGGGUCGUUACAUUGUCUAUACGUCCCAAACUUUUUAUGUUUGAGAGCUGUCGUGAACCUAAUCAACAGAGAAGAUGAGACAUUUUCACAGCUGUUCAAUUAACCCAAAGACUGAGAGACUCUUGUGUUUCAGUUUGUCUGCUGUAUGUGCUUCUUACAGCCUGUGUGUGUCUGAUUUACUGUGCAUUGAAGCCACUUCUUGCAUCAUUGUUUUGUUAAACGCUAAAUAUCCUAUAUGUGAAUUUUUUUUUGUAUUGAAGCAUUUUUGCUUAUUUUGAUUGCCCAUAACUUUUUUUUUUUGGUCAGUUCUGCAUGUUUGUUUGAUUUUCCAGCUCUUUCUCUGCCACUACUGAGAAAUUAGACGCACUCGAACGCCACAGUGACUGUUAAUGUAAUAUACACUGCACUAGAAAAGUGUUACAACAGCACUGUGACCUGAAAAUGGAUGACUGAAAACUGGCAUCAGUGGCCUCUGAUUUCUAUGUGGAAAUUCAACUGGUGCGUUAAUAUGUAAAAAAAAUGCUUCCAAAGUUGCAAUUGCAUCCAACAAUUAGUCACUGUUGUGCCUUUAAUGGGAAGGUUUUGACCAUUUGUUAUUUCUGUGGCUUCAUUUGUUUAUAUUAAGAUUUUGUUUGAAUGGCACAAAUAUGCAAGAAAUUAUUUCACUUGAGACUAAAAUUGAGAAAGAGCUCCUAGAUUUGUGCCAACUGAGAGCUGCAUUCGCUCACAUCAAAAGUGUAGUGUAAAUGUUAUAUAGUAUGACUUCGCUGCUCUGUGAAAACCACGUAUCUCCAAAGCAUAAACUUCCCACAAAGCUACAUUAACUUUGUGAUCAUUUUCACACAAUCCAGAUGGGUUUUAAGAGGAUUAUUGAUCCAAAGCCAGAGAAAUCUCACCCGUAAAGGAACAUUUAAUCCUUCACUUCAUUGCCAAAUCUGGAGAUACGUGGUUUUCACUGGACAGCAACAAAGCUCAAUCAUAACCAUUUGCCGUGCGUAUACAGGUUAGAAAAUACUGUUACAAUCACGAUGACACAGAACCAUUUCACACAUGAGGCCCCUUGCUGAAGUUUUACGUUCUUCUACUGUUUUACCCUUGUGUGCCAAAAAAUGUUUGAAUAAAAACGUGAGCUAUUU